UAUUAUCACAAAAGUCAGAACUAUUCUGUAUUACCUAUUGGCUACUAUAAUCUAAAAAAUUCCAAGUUUUAAUAAAAAUGUAUAGUAUUAAAUAUGUAUGAUUGAGUGAUGUACAAUUAAUUGUUUUCAAUUCAAAUCUAGCAUUACUGUUUUAAUAAACCCUAUCUAUUUUAUAAAAUAAACAAUUUGAUAAUUAUGUUAGCUGAAGCGGAAAAUAAUGACAAUAAUAAAAAUCCACCAUCUUCGGCAAUUGAAGAAAUCAAGUUUACCGAGCGAAUGAGAAAGGCUACAAGGAAAGAACAUCGAAUUAGCGAUGCCUUAAUUAAUGCAAAAAUGACCAUUGGUAUGACUGAUAGCAAAGUAUGGGUAGAAGGAUUACGGCGAUUUUAUGUUGUAUACCAGUAUCUAGAGAUUGCAAUGAAAAAAGAAGAAAAUUAUAAUUUACACAAAUUUGGCCAAAUUAAUGGAUUGUUUCGUACGCAACCAUUUGAAAGCAGCUUACGACAUUAUUUGGGAGAAAAAUGGCCUUCCGGAACAACUAAAGCCAUGGCUGAGUACUCCAACUACUUAUUAUGUUUAGAAAAUGAAAAUCACGUUCUGUUGUCGCCAUUUAUAUAUCAUAUGUAUAUGGGCAUUUUAUCUGGUGGUCAAAUACUAAUGGCUAAACAAAGGAUGGCUUUCUCGGAUGGAAAAGGAUCUGAAGCAUUUUACUUUGAUAUUAAUGUAAAAGAUGCAAAAAAUCAAUUACGGAAUGAAAUGAACGCUUUGGCAGAAAAACUAGAUGACGAAACCAAACUUAGAUUAUUAAAAGAAAGUAAAAUGGUGUAUUUAUUGAAUAAUAAAUUAGUAAAAGAAGUCAAAGUUCCUACAGAAAUUUUGUUAAUCAAGUUUAUAUUUGUUAUUGGAAUUUUUAUUUUAGUGAUCUUAUUAUGGAAGGUGUCAAAAAAGUUUCUCAUGGUUUUAUUCUAGUCACUAAUAAUUAACUGGUAUUUAAUUAGCGGCUACUCAAAGCUAAAUUUUAAAUUUAGCUUGACAAAUCAAUUUUAAUUAUAUUAAAUAAUCCAGUUAUAGAUACUUUUAUAUAAUUGAUUAUUAUUUUAUUUUGUUAUGGUUUAUUGUACUUGGAUAAUAAAAAACAAUUAAUAAUUUUUUGAUGAUGUAUGCAAUAUUAUGGAAAUACCUAAAAUAUAUUCAACUGUAUUUUAUUAUACGUGUUCAGUUUAUUGUAUUAUGUAUUCUAUUUAUUUUAUUAUUCGUGUUAAAAUUAGACGUUUCUUCGAUUCCUUACAUGAAAUCAAUUAAAUAUAUUUUCAUAAUUUAAUUAUAACUAUAGGUAUCAACAAACAAUAAACAUAGAAUAAUCUUAACACAUUUUUCCGUUUUAAUUAUUGUUAGUAUACACCAAUAUUCCCAAUUGUUAUUUUACUUUUUACUCUCUGGGUAUAACAGCUGUGCAACUUCCUGUGCAAGUAAUUUAAGUUCGCAAUCAAAUUAUAUUAAAAAUUUAUAUAUUGUUUAUUUGUACUAUUUCACUAUGUAUAGAUUGUAAAUAUUUCAAAAAAAGCUAAAUAAAAAAUUAAUCUUUCUCUAAAAACAAUGUUUACUAUUUUGUCAUGUCCUAACUCAUUGAAAUAUGCAUUGAGUUAGGAAAUAAAGACGUGAUGUAUAUA